AUUGAGCUGAUAAUACCUGCCAUUGAGCAUCUCACAUGGCCAGGUCGACCACAUAAACCUCUUUUUACUCCAUGCUCAACCAAACCGCCAGGAAGCACGCGGCGAACCUCUAAUCCUGCUUUCUUUGUUUGAUACGGUGAUACCCAAGCUUCUUUUGAGUUUCGAUCCCCUUCCCGCUUUAUAUUUCUUUCAAUCAAGUUCCCUUUAAUUCUCGAGUCAUCUGUCUUCUUCUCAUUGAGCACCGAUCUUAUCGAAAGUGUGGGUGAGUCAAAGCAACACCCACCAUGGCGGACGCGGAACCAUCGUACAUAGAUUAUGAGGCCUUUCUAGACCCCGACUUUUCACCCGCCUCGUUCGCCAACUCCCUUGUUGUAGCCACCAACAAUGCGACAGACACACCGCUGGACCUGUCUACCCCGCUUUCUCGGGUGCUGUUCGAUCUCCAGGAGAUCGACACCCACAUCCAUGCGCUGACCACCAAAUCAGCUCUCCCCUUGCUGACGCACACGCGCGACCAGACCGCUGCAGCCAGCCAUAUCCUCAAAGAGGCCGAGGACCAGAUCGCGUCCGUCACGCAGGGGUAUGAGCGACUCCAGAAAGAGGUCUUCAGCAAGUGGGAAGCGGCAGACGAGGCCCGAAUGGCUGCAGAAAAGUCCUUGGCCACCGUGCGACUCGCACGAGCAGUUGCGCGCUGUCUGUCUCUCGGCAGACAGCUUGAAAGUCAGCUUGCAGAGAUAGGUGGCAUCGAAGGAACGACGUCACCGGUCACCGGCAGGGAUGAUUAUCGGACGUUGGAGCGUGCCGCCUCCACCAUAGUCAGUCUACGUCGGAUGCUCUCUGAUACCGACCCGGGCGAAGAAGGUCACGGACUGGACCAAGUCAAGGUCGUCCGGACCCUGCGCGCGGAGCUCGUGAUGCCGGCCGAGAACAUGGUCAAGGCACGGGCACAGCAGGCCAUUACGCGGUUCUCCAUGUCGAACAUCUCCGGCGGCGCAAGCUCCCAGACACAGUCGGGCUACAGGCAAGCGCGCGACGCGAGGGCACGGCUGGUCUCUGCGGUCAACAUCUUGUAUUUGCUAUCGCCCGUGCCCAAGACGUUGAGCUCUGCGGCAGACUUCCAACCAGAGUUGCUCCUCUCUACGCUGCAGGGCUACAUGCAUACGGCCAUAUCCACCUCCCUGAGCAAUCUCACUCGGUCCUUGUCGAUGCUGCCGACCCUCGAGCGGACUCUUGCCGACCUGUCCGCGCGAUGCCAGGAUAUCUUCGCUCUGGAGGCCGUACUCAACAAUCUCCGCCCACCGACACAUCCACUCUUCCCUCCAGCCCAGUUGGCGGCCACACCCACCAACCGCACCGAGGACCAGGGUGAAGCCCAGCUUCAAACAAUCAGCAGCAAGAACAACUUGCUUCAACCACUACUCACGUCCCUCGACACAUCUUCGCUCCCGUCCUAUUUCUGGCGCUCCCUGGCGUCGUAUCUCACGACCCGGGUACAGGAAAUCGUCAAUCGUGGAGGCGUCUCAGCUCGGACCUUGCGCUCGAAUCGCGAUCGCAUCAAGAAGGAGAUCAAAGAAUGUGUUUUGCGGGGCUCUCAGCUCCCCACAUCCGUACUGGGAACCGAAAAGCGAUUGGGGGGCGAGUCAGGGACGGAGAGGAAUUGGGAGCGGGAGGCAGCGGUCAUGGUCAGUUCUAUCGCCAGUGUGUUGGAUAAAUGAGGAAGAUAAUGGUUGUAUGAUAAUCUUGUCUUUUUUUUUCCAUGUUCAUAUACCAGAUCUAGCGGGUUGUAGCAUAUAAGGACGAUUGCGCCUCG